AAGAGAAAAGUUGCAUCUGUUCUCCUUUCUUCUCUUGUUGCUGUGUAUGGUGUGAAGACUGCUGCACGCAACAGCCUUCAGUGAGGGGCUUCGGAUCUCUUCCUUCUGCUCAAGUCUUCCUGGAGGAUCUCACUGGUGUUUCGGGCUGCAGGAAAAUGUACUGGGGAAAUCACGUUAGAAUUCUUUUCACUGUGACUCUAGUGUGGCAGGCUGCUCGUCUAGAAAAAGGCCGUGAAAAAGCGUAUGAAGAUGUGAAAAGUUUCAACGCCACAGCACAAAAGCAGCAGCCCGAGAACGAAGGGACAAUUAUAAAUGCUCUCAGUGACAUGAAUCAGAGUUACGAAAGCAGAAAGCAACAGAAUUCCAGGGCAUUGGUACCUUUCACUGGGAUUACAGAGAGUAAAAAACUGAACAGACAUUGCUGCCAAAAUGGAGGGACCUGUAUCCUAGGGGCUUUCUGUGCUUGUCUAAAGCAUUUCACUGGCAGAUACUGUGAACAUGAUGAGCGGCAAAGCAACUGUGGCAGCAUUGCCCACGGCGCCUGGGUGCUGCAGGGCUGUUGGCUGUGUCGGUGCGGCUAUGGUACUCUGAACUGUCUCUCAGAAGUAAUGCACGAUAACUGCGAAUUGAAAUCGGGAAAGGAGGCAAUUACCAGACUAUAUUCUAAUGGUAUACGAUUACAGCAAACCGUGUUUGUAUUUGUUUGCCUGUUCACCAUCCUCAUGGAGCUCUGCUGCUGGCAGUUGUGAAACUGGACUAAGGGAAAUAUUUUAGGAUUGAUGUAACCUCACGAUGAGUCAUGUAAGUGUUCUGUGAGCUACAGAAGACACUUAUACCUACAUAUUGGAGGCAGAUUAAUGUGUAUUAGUUAAUGCUGAAAUGCUUGGAUUAUUAUAAAUUCAGAUUCUAUGAAUGUGAAGUA